CAUUUUUAAAACACUGGACCAUUUUUUUAAUUUUGCCCUUUAAUGUGACAUCAAUUUAUUAGUAAAAAUGCAGAAAAUCAUUGAUAUUUUCCCGACAAAAAAAUAGUCUUUGUUUGGUAAAGAAAAGUGUAAAAGCUUCAACAGAGUGUGUUCUAUCACCCUUCUUCGUCCUUCUCGGUUUCCCCCCGUCUCCGAACUAUGGCAGAUCCUCCGACGAGUGAUGAAGGAAGUUCCGAUCUUCACCUCGCAAAUAAUGAACUGAAAACCCCCACUUCAGUAGAUGCCCUUGUGACUAUCGCUCAACUGCCACCAUCUAUAGGCUUUCCGUUUGCUCCUGUUACACCUUUAACUAAAUUAUCGGGUAAACGAAAGAGGUUGAAGACCUCGAGAUACGAUUUUCCUUCAAACAAUGCAGAGAAGAAACGUUCAUCUUCAAAACAUAAGGCGAAACAUGAUCCAUCGGACCCUCCAGCUCAAAUCUCACCAACUAUGAUUCGAGCAGGGGAGCUUCAAUCAAGCCUCGGAUCUGAUCAUCCUACCUUUAAAAAAAUCAUGCUCAAAUCACAUGUUGUUAGUUGUUUUUGGAUGGGUCUUCCAGUGCCUUUUUGCAGAUCAUUUCUACCAAAACAAGAAACUUUAAUGGUGAUUGAAGAUGAAAAUGGACAACAAUAUAAGCUUAAAUAUAUAGCUCAUAAGACUGGACUUAGUGCAGGAUGGAGGAACUUUGCAAUUAUACAUAAGUUGCUUGAAGGAGAUGUUUUGGUUUUCCAGUUAGUUGAAUCCAACAAAUUUAAGGUUUAUAUUGUAAGGGCGAAUGAAUCGAAACAAGUUGAUGGUUCUCGUAACCUUUUAAACCACAAUACAAAUAAAAAUCACAAGAUUCAAGCAAAAAUGGUCUACAAAAGAUCUGAACCCCCUACGCAGACUUUUGAGUUGAAUGUCAACUCGGAAGUUGAAGGGGGUCCAUAUCAACCAGAUCUUCUGUCAAAAAAAGUCAAAUCAAGAUUGGUCUACAAAAGAUCUGAACCCCCUACACAGUCUUCUGAGUUGAAUGUCAACUCAGAUUCUAAAGGGGGUCCACAUCAACCAGAUCUUCCAUCAAAGAAAGUCAAAUCAAGAUUGGUCUACAAAAGAUCUGAACUCCCUACACAGUCUUCUGAGUUGAAUGUCAACUCAGAUUCUGAAGGGGGUCCACAUCAACCAUAUCUUCCAGUACAGAAAGUCAAAUCAAAACUGGUCUACAAAAGAUCUGAACCCCCUACACACCUUUUUGAGUUGACAUCUCAUGUCAACUCAGAAGCUAAAGGGGGUCCACAUCAACAAGCUCUUUCAUCAAAAAAAGUCAAAACCUUCAAAGACUUUCGCAUUACGGUCAACAAACAAUGCAUUGACUCAGAACUCUCAGAAGAAAUCCGAAUAAAUUACUAUAAAUUAUGUAACGCGAAAAAAGAACUGCUUCACGAUAACCUUCCGGAAGGUUUGUAUUAUAAGUUGGUGGCGGGGAUGAUUGGUGAAACCGUAAAUAUCGCGAACGCGAUCAAGAACUGCAAGCCCACGACAACUAAGGAGGAAUUCGAUGCGUGGGAUAGUUCCUUGAAGUCUUUUGAACUUAUGGGAAUGAAAGUAGGGUUUUUACGCGAUAGGAUUCGUAUGCUUGAAAAAGCCGUGUUUGAUUCCGAAAAUGUGAAAAAAUACAUGGAGGCUAUUGAGGAACGAAACCGAAAUGGAAUCACAAUGAAGAUUUUGGAGGCGAAAAUUGCGGAUUUGAAAGAAAGUAAUAGGAAGAUUGAUGCUAUUUUAGGUAGUUUGAAAGAGAAAGUGGAGGGGAAUGAGGUUGUGUUUCAAGAAAAGGUUAAUGAACCAUGGUAG